AUGUCUCCGGUACCGGAAAGAGCAAAGCUUCACAUAGCGAUGGUGGUGUUUCAGACAGGCUACGCAGGGAAUCCCGUGAUCAUGAGAUUCGCUCUAAACUUGGGAGUAAGCAAACUCGUCUUCCCACUUUACCGCACCAUCAUCGCUCUCUCUGUUCUUGCUCCCUCUGCUUUCUUUCUUGAAAAAAAUGAAAGACCGGCGAUGAACACCAGUUUUCUGAUUCAAUUCUUCCUUCUUGGACUUGUCGGCAUAACACUAAAUCAAGGAUUUUACAUCUUUGGAUUGGACAAUACCUCACCAACAUUCGCAUCAGUAACUGAAAAUGUUGUUCCUGCUGUUUCGUUCCUUAUGGCUGUCUUGCUCGGAAUAGAGAAGGUGGAAUUAAAGAGGAGAGAUGGUAUAGCCAAAAUGGUGGGAACAUUUGUAUCUGUCGCAGGUUCUUUGGUUAUAACGCUUUAUAAAGGACCAACCAUUUACCAACCGAGCCUUGGUUUAAUGGACCAACCAAUAAAAUUUGAAGAAGCAGAGGAACAAAACAAGAACUGGACGUUAGGAUGUUUCUGUUUGAUGGGUCACUGCUUAUGCUGGUCAAGCUGGAUUGUGUUGCAGUCACCACUACUUAAGAAGUAUCCAGCUCGCUUCUCAUUCAUCUCCUACUCUUGCUUUUUCGCCGUACUCCAGUUCUUUGGAAUCUCUGCUUAUUUUGAAAGAGAUAUCCAGAGCUGGAAGAUAAGCUCACUAGGCGUAUUGUACGCGUUACUGUACACUGGAUUGGUAGGUUCGGCGAUGGUGUUUGCAAUACAAAUAUACGUAGUGGAGAGAGGAGGGCCACUCUUUGUAUCAGCUUAUUUGCCUCUCCAAACUCUAAUUGCUGCUCUUUUAGCCACUUUUGCUCUUGGUGAACACUUCUACCUUGGAGGAUUGAUUGGUGCAAUACUAAUCAUAUGUGGACUGUAUUUGGUUGUGAUGGGCAAGAGUUGGGAGAGGCAAACUCUUUGCCAAAACAUGAUUCUUAUGCAUCCGAAAUUGGUGAUGAAGACAACGACACUCAUAAACCAACAUCUUCUGUUAAGACAGAGACAUUACGAGGCAACGUUUUAUGAAAAAACGAAAGUUAUGAUUUUUCGAUUGAAGAACCAAACGCUCGACAAGAUCAAACCAACUCGUUCAUAUUUAUCCUCUUUAGUUUUCMGACGAGACUCUUACUCCCAUGUCGGUACAAAACCCGAUCAAGAUCGCCGGCAAAGAGGGUACGGGGAUGGUGAAGUCGAGAGGAAGAAGAAGGAACACGAUGGGUUGUUUCUACACAAGAGCAAAGGCCAACAUCUUCUUACCAACACCAGAAUCCUCGACGCCAUUGUCCGAAGCUCCGAUAUCAGACCCACGGAUACAGUCUUGGAGAUUGGACCUGGUACUGGAAAUCUCACUAUGAAGCUUUUAGAAGCUGCUCAGAAUGUUGUAGCCGUCGAGUUAGAUAAGCGUAUGGUGGAGAUUCUCCGCAAAAGAGUUUCUGACCAUGGUUUCGAAGAUAAACUCACCAUCAUUCAAAAAGAUGUUCUGAAGACUGAUUUCCCUCCGUUUGAUCUCGUGGUGGCAAAUAUUCCAUACAACAUAUCUUCCCCUCUUAUAGCAAAGCUUGUGUACGGAUCAAACACCUUCCGCACCGCAACACUCCUGCUUCAAAAGGAAUUCUCCAGGCGGCUAUUGGCAAAUCCAGGAGAUUCUGAUUUCAACAGAUUGGCGGUUAAUGUGAAGUUAGUAGCUGAUGUUAAAUUCAUAAUGGAUGUGAGUAAAAGAGAGUUUGUUCCACCACCUAAAGUCGAUUCAUCGGUGGUUAUGAUCAGACCAAAGGAGGUAAAACUAGAUGUUAAUGUUCAAGAAUGGCUAGCAUUCACUCGCACGUGUUUCGGGAAGAAGAAUAAGACGCUUGGUUCGAUGUUUAGGCAGAAGAAGAAGAUCAUGGAGUUGCUGAGUUUGUCUGCAGGGAGGAUCGGUUCCAAGGUUGGAGUAAUGAGUCAGAUGUCUCGUGAUUUUGACAGUGAUGUUGAAGAAGAUGAAUUAAUGAUGUGUUUGGAUACAGAUGCAAGUAUGUUCAAGGAAAGAGUAAUUGGAAUUCUGAGAUCAAAUGGGUUCGAAGAGAAGAGACCAUCGAAGCUUUCUCAUGAUGAGUUAUUACAUUUGCUUUCUUUGUUUAACCAAGGUGGCAUUUUUUUCCAUGAUGUUACAGUUACAUCAUUACCUCAAAUGGAUCUACACGAAUAA